AUGGCUGAGAUUGCUUUGAUAAAAUGCAUCCAGCUGUUAAGAAGAUUUUCUUGGCGUGAAAUUCAGCUUGCUACAGAUAACUUCGAUGAAAGCAACAUAAUUGGACAAGGGGGCUUUGGAAGAGUUUACAAAGGUGUCCUCUCAGACAAUGUAAAGGUUGCAGUGAAACGCCUUACAGAUUAUAACAGUCCUGGUGGAGAGGCUGCAUUCUUGAGAGAAGUACAACUCAUUAGCGUUGCAGUUCACAAGAAUCUUUUACGGUUGAUUGGAUUUUGUACAACUUCAUCCGAGAGAAUCCUUGUUUAUCCAUUCAUGAAAAAUCUUAGUGUUGCGUAUCGCUUGAGAGAUUUAAAACCUGGUGAGAAAGGCUUGGACUGGUCAACAAGGAAACGCAUCGCUUUUGGUGCAGCCCAUGGCUUAGAGUAUUUACAUGAGCAUUGUAAUCCUAAGAUUAUACACCGUGACUUAAAGGCUGCAAACAUUCUUCUAGAUGAUAAUUUUGAGCCCGUUCUUGGAGAUUUUGGGCUAGCAAAGCUGGUUGAUACAAAAUCAACUCACGUUACCACUCAAGUGCGUGGUACCAUGGGUCAUAUUGCCCCAGAAUAUUUGUCCACUGGAAAAUCGUCAGAAAAGACUGAUGUUUUUGGAUAUGGUAUCACACUUCUCGAACUUGUCACUGGUCAGCGUGCUAUAGAUUUUGCUCGGCUUGAAGAAGAGGAGGAUGUUCUUCUGCUUGAUCAUGUAAGAUUCCUGAACUCUUUGGACAUAUCUAUACUUGAUGGGAUUCUUGUCCGUUAA